CCGUGGUGCGUGUCGAGUUAUCCGCCCCUGAUUCCGUUCACUGUAAACAUGGCAUUGAAGUUGCCCCACAACCUGAGAAGUGGAAAAUUAAUUUUAGAUGUUUCUAAUUUUAAUCACCUGAAAAGCAACCACGACACGAUCGUCCUUUCACAUUUCUUCAACUUUUCUCUGAAUUUGAUUCUUCCUGGUGCUGUCAAUCUGCCAGAUUCUCUUGAUGAUAUUCUCCAACAGAAAGGUUCCACUGUAUAUUUCCUCAAAGGAAUACCAAUUUCUUUACUCAUAGAACCAGAUUUUUUGGAAGCUUUCUGCAAAAGAGGUCAACUGUAUAUGAUGUCCCAUGGUACAAAUAUUGAUACUCAAGACUGUAUAGCAUUACUGCCCCCUGGCAAACUUGUGUUGAAUGUAACGAAGGAGACGUACGAAAGUUUGGGUCUCGAUGGGAAGAGGUCAAAGUUCAUUAAACAUGGACACAACAAAUUUGUGGUAACCAUUCCUCUUUUGGAUCCAAACUUUGUUUCUGGUAAAAAGUUCUACGAAAGAGUCAAAUGGUGUUUUACAGAUCGAUUGAAUUUGAAGUUCAAUAUGUUGGCAUGUUGGAUUCCUCCAGACGAUGACAUUCUGUCUUCAUCUCUUGCGGAAUAUUUCAAACAAAAUAAUUACCGGACGGUCACUGCUGGAUUAAAAAAGGAGUCAAAAACGAGAACUGGUUUGAAAGUUCCAAUAGUGGCCAGCAGCCAACCACAUUCAAGUAUAGAAUCAUGUGAUUUCCAAGAAUUUUUUGAUUGGCUGGGUUCUGUGUCCUCAGAUUGCCAAGACCAUGUGGAUGAAGACUGCCAUAUGUCGUUCACUCCAACCCCAAAUUAUACGGUGGACAGUUUGAAUUACAAUGUGAAAGGUUUCAUUCUUCCUCAAACUAUUCAAAAGAUUCUCUUGGAAUUAAGGACUAUUGUAACCCAGUACAGGCUCAAGUGGUCAGCAAUGACCAUUCAUGGCUUUACUGAUGCACCAGUCACAUGGGAGAUGAGAGAACAUGGAUUCCAGUACAACGGAGACAAUCUUUACACUUACGUCGUCUUUCCCGAUGACAUCUACUGGCUUUACACUGCUGUCGGAUCCCUCGAUACAUGGAUUUGAUCUCAAGACCAAAAUAAAGGACAGCCUCUAGGGUUCCGUUGUAUCAUGUAUGGUUCUUGUAUUCCACAAUCUUUAACUCUUCUCACACUUUCUCAAUCUAAAAAGAGUCUUGUAAAGAAAUAACAUAUAUUUAUUCCACCAUUCCUCUGUGUGAGUAUUUGGUCCAAGACUGCACCAGUGCAGGCUCUGUAAAGCCUCGGCUGUUUAGCGAAAUCUUUUCUCCAAAUAUUAUCCUUCAGUUGCUCGUUGUUGCCUAACGAGUCUCUCUGACUAAAACCAACAAUCUGUAACAUCAACAAUGUUUCAGCAAUGGCUAACUGCUACGAUCUGUCUGUGUGUCUGUAUGUAAGAAGUCUGCAUCUCUUGGUUCAUGUGUCACCAAUGUGAUGAGGGCAGCAUGUAAGCCCUCCAUUCACUCAGUCUCUCACUUGGCUUCUCCUCUCAGCCAGAACAGUUUCACUAUUCGCACCCCUCCCCCCCUCACACCAUCAUUUCACCCCCACCCCUCCACCACAGCAUACUCUUUAAUCUUUUUGUUUUCUUUUCAAAUAAAUUUCCUUUGUUUCAAAUUAUUUUUGGAAAUAAUGAAAAAUUCAUUAAAA